AUGAGCCGUGAAAUUCCCGCUAGUCCCUCUGCCGAGCUUAGUACCUGGACGUCCGUGACGCUUCAAUGGGGACGGAAGCAACUGAAAGACGAAUUUCUGGAGGUAUCCAGUACCAGCUGCCGGCCUCGACCAUUUGACAGGAGACGAAGCAGUCGCAUGGCAGCAACGGGCAAUUCGCAAGUCAGUAGCAUGGGGUGGCCGGUCAAGGUACUCGGUACCACCACACCCAUUGUCACACUGGCUCGUUCCUUAAUUACCGGCAUGGAAGCAACUGACAACCUCAGGAACGGGCGGAAACAUGAUGAAUUCUGGACCAAAAGAAAUUCAGAGACAUUCGAUGCUUUCCUUGACAGGCUGACCGUCGACCACAAUGGCUCCGUCCAGUGGCUCUCAAUGGCUCCAAAUGGGUUCCCCGCUAAGGGCGCUGAGACAAUCCGUUUUGAAGAAGUCAAUGACUUUGACUUAGCGUGGAGCAGAACUUGA